AUGUUUAGUUCACUUAGAAAACAGUUUGUUAAAAGAAUCGAACAAUCAAGAAUAUGGUGUAUAACUUCCAGGAACACUUCUCAUAAAAAUUAUUGUGAUAUUGCCAAAAAGUCCAAGUCUAAAAGUUUUACAAUUGUAAUGAUACGGCAUGGAGAGAGCGAAUGGAAUAAAAAAAAUUUGUUCUGUGGUUGGUAUGAUUCCCAUUUGAGUUCAAAAGGAGUAGAAGAAGCUAUUACGGCUGGGAAAACGCUAAAACAACGUUGUUAUCAGUUUGAUGUCGCCUACACUUCCGUCUUGACGAGGGCCAAAGACACACUGAGUACCAUUCUAAACCAAUUAGAUCAGACGAACAUCCCAGUGCACACAAAUUGGAGACUGAACGAGCGGCAUUACGGAGGUCUUACUGGCCUCAAUAAGUCCGAGACCGCGAAGCAGUACGGUGAAGAUAAGGUCAAAUUGUGGAGGCGCAGUUUCGACAGCCCGCCACCGCCAAUGAAGGUUGAUCACCCUCAUUAUAGUCACAUAAAAAACAACCCCUGUUACGCAGACGGUCCAGCACAGUGUGAGUUUCCAACACACGAGUCGUUAAAAAUGACGAUAAAAAGGACGUUGCCAUACUGGGAUCGUAUUAUUGUCCCUCAGAUCAAAAAAGAGUGUCGGAUUAUAAUAGCAGCUCAUGGAAAUAGCCUUAGGGGCAUAAUAAAACAUUUAGACAACAUCACUGACGAAGGGAUUAUGGGGUUGAACUUGCCGACGGGCAUACCAUUUGAAUAUACGCUUGACGAAAAUUUAAAACCCCUGACUUCCAUGAAGUUUUUGGGUGAUGAAGAAACCGUCAAAAAGGCGAUGGACGUCGUAGCUUCCCAGGGCAAAGCAAAAUGA